AUGGCAUGGACUAUCUUCACCGUGAAAACCAGCGACUACAUUGUCCUACACUCAGACAAUCAGGCGUACUGGUCGACCAUGGAGCGGAAAUUCAAGCAAGACCUCUUCACGCCUGAUAGUCCAACAGAGCACAGCGAGAGCGGCACACCUGCUCCUCCGCCACUUCCGCCUCUCAAUAUCCUCCGGUUUACGACAGAGCAUAUGCCCAAGGAUCCUGGUACAGGAUUCGUCUUGGGACCGAUAAGGACAAAUGCGACGUCCUCCUAUAUAACAGUCGGGAGUCAGGUAUCAGUGGACCAUAUUAUCCGGUUCUACGAAUUCAGCGUUCGCGGUGAGGACGGGCCUCAACUUAUCAUGGAGUUCGCUGCGUGUGGCAGCCUCCUAGGCCAGAGUCAAUCACGCAAGUUCACCGAUCGAGAGGGCUGA